AUGGCCAGACGCCCAAGAAACCAAGCCUGCCCAAGUGAUUCUGCCAGCGGCCCCGCUCCACCAGCGGCGGCGUCUAGCGGCAAAACCGACGACGGCAAAAGCCCUAGCCGACCGGUCGCCGACGGGCAGGUGUCACCUGAGGUCGAAGCCCAAUUCAAGGGCUACCUUCAGGCGGCACUGAAAGCCGAGGAGGAAGCUAGGGCUAACAAGCCCAAGUAUACUGGAUGGGACUCGCCACCAUCCUCUCCGAAGACGAAGGCGAGCUCUGUUGCUACCACCGCCGGCAACAAGGGAAAGGGUAAGCAGGCUGCCAAAAAGCCUGAGGCGGAUCAGAAGUACGGCGCCGAAAAAUGGUUGGCUUUGCCCGCCGGUGUUCGGCUUGCCGAUGCCUUUGAACCGCCAAAGGCUCUUACGGCGCCCGCAACCCCAAAGGUUGAACAGCAGAAGGGUAAGCCGAUUGCUUCCGGGUCGAAGAUGAACCCGGGAACUUCGCAGUCUGCUGGUGACCUGAAGGGACCCACAGUUCCCUUGAGCGGUCCUAAAACCCCCCAGGUCCCGGUCACUGUUACUGCUGUUCCCGCAGCUCCGGUCGCAAAGAAACCAGUACCUCCCCAGUUGCGACUUAAGUGCCAGCCUUCUAGCAAGCUUAAGAAGGAGCCGAGAGUGGUAGACUCCGUCGUCCAUCUCCCUAUCGAGAUGGAGGACGUGGUCAACCAUCUCCCCGUUGAGGUGGAAGGCGUUGCCGACCACCUUCCGGCGGAGAUGGAAGACGUGGUCUACCACAAAAACCCAAAAAUAGAAUACCGCGAGUUCGACGGAGACGUCGUCAUGCAGGAUCUAUUCGAGGCUCCAUUAGAGGUGCCUAAGAAGCUGGACCAAGUGCUGGGGCAGCGAAAGUUCAAGCGGCCGUCGUCGAAACAGAAGAGUAAGAUAUCGGCCAGGGUCAUUAGGAUGGCGGAGGAAGAAAUCAAGAGAAUGCGUAAGUCUUUGUAG